AUGAGUUCGGUAACUAUAAGCGAGCAACACCUUUUAUGGGCAAACGUCAUCGCAGUUCGUAAGUUUGACGAUAUUGGCGAUUUGUUGUUAGCGAAGCGUAGUAAUGCUGAGUUGAUCAACGGUCUGAUUGGAAUGGAUCUGAAUAAGUUAUCAGCGAUCGGUAAAAGGUCAAAUGCUGAACUCAUCAACGGUCUGCUGGGUAUGAAUCUCAAUCGAUUAUCGUCUGCUGGACGCAGAUAG